UACCUUCUUUCCACAAUUCAAAAGUGCAAAAAACUCUGGAGACUAUCCCCUUCCCUCAAGUUUGAUACCGACCUGACCUAAGAAGGAGCGAUUUUCAAUACUUAAUCUAUCUCGCUUACUGUGAACAUUCACGCUUUUCCUUGAGGAAUAUUUUUAACACCCCAGACACCAAUGAGACUGUUAAGUAAUACACCAUAAAUGCACCGGCAGACUUUCUCCCAAAGCCAGAUUCUCGCGGUUCUAAUUUGAGGCAGCCCUUUGGAGUUCGAAAACUGCAAUCGGUCUCUCGAGACCUCUAUCCCCGGACCUGGUGCUAGGAGCUGCCCAGUACCUCGGAGAUGGGGCGCCCCGGGGGCUGCGCCCUGGGCCCCGACUGUCCUAGGCGGGCGGGGCGAGGGGGCUUCCGGGGCGGCAGCCACCUGGCCCGGCCCCCUCCGGCCCCGCCCGCUUCUGCUCGGCGCGGUGAUUCACUCCCUCCUUCGCCUCGGGGCCCCCUUCUCGGCCAGACAGCGGGCUAGACGGCUGGCUGUGCAGCGUGCUGGAACCAGUGAGCAGGACAGCAGAUCCUCCGCGUGUCCAGGGACUCCGGUUCACGCCAUGGCGGAUUCCGAGCGCCUGUCGGCCCCCGGCUGCUGGGCAGCCUGCACCAGCUACUGGCGCACCCGAAAGGGACUCCUCCUGUUCGCCGAGAUUAUACUGUGCCUGGUGAUUCUGAUUUGCUUCAGUGCCUCAACGUCAGGGUACUCCUCCCUGUCGGUGAUUGAGAUGGUCCUUGCUGCUGUCUUCUUUGUCAUCUACAUGUGUGAUCUGCAUACCAAGAUGCCGUUCAUCAACUGGCCCUGGAGUGAUUUCUUCCGAACCCUCAUAGCGGCGAUCCUCUACCUGAUCACCUCCAUUUUUGUCCUCGUUGAGAGAGGAAACAGCUCCAAAAUCACUGCAGGGGUACUGGGCUUAAUUGCUACGCUGCUGUUCGGCUAUGAUGCCUAUUUCACCUUCCCACUUCGACAGCAAAGACAUACAGCAGCCCCCACUGACCCUACAGAUGGCCCAGUGUAGGCGAACUCUCAUUUUUCUCUGCAACCUGCAAAGAACUCCUCCACUGAGAAAACUCCCCAUCCCCACAACACUCCCAGCCCCUUACUGAGGUAAAAGUGCCUUUAUUGGGAGAAUUUUGUCUGCCAGCUUGCCAAGCAACCCUCCUGGGUGUGGUCACCUCUAUGGGAGUGGCUAGGUCUCCCUUCUCCAGCAUCCCAAAGCGGACAUCAGUCUUUUGUGGGCCCACACCCCUGCCUAAGCCACAGAAAGGGAGGGGAGUGCCUCCAAUUUCAGACUGUGAGCUCUGAGCUCCACCCGGUAACCCGAGGAAAGUGACCUCCUCAGUGUGGAGGGUGGUUCUCUGGAGUGGAAAAUAAAUAAUAAACAGAUUGCUAAAAUCUA